GUAACUCUCUAAUGAAGGGAAAACGCACAAAGAAAACAAAAAUGGCUGGCGACGAAUUUUUAGGGAAAACACUGAAUGUGUUAAAUGUUAUUUCUCGGAGCCCAGAGAACUUUUUAGAUGUUCAUAAAAAGAAUGCUGAAUGUUUAAAGGAAACCACGAAAAAGCUGUAUGAUUUGACUUUCCAAAAACUUCCUGUCAAAAGGGCUGUUUCUGAAUUAAUUGUGGACAGUUUUGAAAAUGAGCAAGUUUGGGAAGAACUCGAGUUGUACAACGGUGCAGUGAUAUCUGAAUUCAUCACUGAUUUGUCUCAUCUAAUUGCUGGGAAGGAGCGGAUAUCUUUUAAAACUUCUAAAUCAUUACUUGACAAGAAUGAUGACAGUGAUGUCGAUGAUGAUAGUAAUGAUGAUGAUGAUGAUGAUGAUGAAGCCUCAGAUGAUGCAGAAAAAAAGGAGGUAGAGGAAGAAACAUUGGCUGAAAAUUCAGAAGACAAAGAGGGUGAUGGUGAUGACGAUGAUGAUGAGGAGGAGGAGGAUGAUGAUGAUGAAAUUGACAAAGAACUGGUGAAGAUAAAGUCAAACUUGAAAAAAUAUGAACAACUUUCUGGAACUAAUAAGCAUUUAGAUUCUGACAUCGGUUCUGAUUCUGAAGGUGAUCCUAAUGACUUGGCUACAGAAUUCCAGGAAGAUGUUUCGGAUGUGGAAGAUUCCAAAGACUCAGAACCAAACCAACAGGAUGAAGAUAAGCCGAAGAAGAAGAAUAAAACUAAUUCAUCAGUUGUGGACGACAAUUUCUUCAAACUCUCUGAAAUGGAAACAUUUCUCAAACAACAAGAUGCUCUUGAAGCAAGAAAGAUGAAACCUGGUGAUACGUCGGAAGAUGAAGGCAAUGAUAUUGAUGUCUUUCAAGACAUUGGAUCAGAUGAAGAGGAAAAUGUAAAAGAUUUGAAAUUCAAGGAUUUCUUUAGAGGUCCCAUGGAAACACUUAAUCAAAAGAAAGUGAAGUUUGCUGAUAUUGAUGACAAUGAUGACCAAAAUGAGGAUGAAAACAAGAGUGAAGAAGGAGAAGACAUUUCAGAGAUUGUUGGUGGCCAGGCGAAUAAAUCUACAUUUGAACUACGGCAAGAGAGAUUGAAGAACAAAAUUGCUAAGCUUGAAAAAGCAAGUGUUUCUGAGAGUCCCUGGCAACUGAAAGGAGAAAUUAACGCUACUGCCAGACCUGAAAAUAGUCUUCUAGAAGAACAUGUUCAGUUUGAUUCCACCUUAAAGUUACCACCUGAUAUCACUGAAGAAUCCACAAAGACCAUUGAAGACCUCAUUAUUCAAAGAAUCAAAGACCAAGCUUGGGAUGAUGUUGAACGAAAAUCCAAAGUACCCGUGACACCAUUUGAAUACAAGAAAGCUGUUGUACUCGACCAGGAGAAGAGUAAAUUGAGUCUUGGAGAAAUCUAUGAGAAAGAAUUCCUUCAACAACAGCAGCCUGAAACAAAUGACAAGGAGAAAGGAGAAGACCCAUUACAUGAAGAAAUUGACAAAAUGAUGAAUUCCCUUUUUCUGAAAUUAGACGCCCUAUCAAACUUCCACUUCACACCAAAGUUGCCAAUAUCUGACGUGAAAAUAGUGUCUAAUCUACCAUCCAUCACCAUGGAAGAAGUUGCUCCUGUAUCAGUCAGUGAACUACAGCUGGCGGCGCCCAAAGAAUUACUGGAACCUCUCCAAACGACCCUGAAGGGAAAAUCAGAGUUUUCCGCUGCUGACAAAAAACGUCAACGGAAAAUGAAGAAAAAUUUGUACAAAUUGAAACAGAAAGAGAAAGAAAAGCAACAGAAAGCAACAGAAGGCUUGAAUCCAACUUCAGAAAAGACUGCCAAAGCUAUGGCAUUGAGGAAACUGGAAAAACAGAGUAAAGGGAGCAAACGAAUAACAAUUCUGAAGACCAAAGAUAAGAAAAAGGUGAAUUCUUCAGCUGCAUUCUUCAGUCAACUCCAAAAUGAAGUCAGGUCCAAUGAUAUUUCAUCUAGACAUUCUGCCAAAAAGCAGAAAGUGAGCCACAAAUCUGCAAUAUCGUUAAAGCUGUAAAUUAAAUUGGUUCUAAGUUCCAAAUGUAAAUAAAACAAUGUUUUCAAAGU